CGUCAUCACCCUCACUCGGAUACUCCCCCAGCAUAUCCCCCCAAGUUCCUUUUACAAAACACCAAAGCCAAAAACAGUCUUCUUUUUUGCACUGUUCUGUCGAAUAUUCGCUAGUAAAUUCCUCUGAAAACCUCAAUAAAUCCAGAGUAGAAGCUCUUAUUCUACUUGGUAAAAAAACAAAGAAGAAGAAGAAGAAGAAGAAUUAAACUCUUAUUCUAUAAGCUACUAUAAUUUGUUUGGGAAAAACAGUUUCACCUGGAAUAUGGCCGGUUUUGCGAGGGCGAAGCGGGUCACCGACCCGCUAAACGACAGAGUCAAGGCUCUGAUCGUCGGGAAAGCCGGCCGUGAACCGGUCUACGCCAGCAGCGGGAGCGAGCACGGCUGCGAGGAGUACUCGCCGUGUCUCUCCGACCUCGUCCACGGCUUCCUUGAGGAUGACGCCGGCGGCGGCGGAGGUGUUGGUGAGUCGCCGGAUUACGAGUCCGAUUCCGAGCGCGAUCCUUCAAUGUGCGAUCCGACGGACGUGAUCGAGGACCUUGUAAAUGCAUCUGUCACGAUGAACGCAGAUUCCUUCAGGAAUUCACUAUCAGCUCACGUGUCCAACGCAGCGACGGCGUUUAAGUUUUCCUCGGUAAAACCUAGCAGAUCGGUUCUCCGUCGAGCCGUGAUGGCGUCUCUGAGAGAGCUAGGCUACAAUGCGGCGAUUUGCAAGACGAAGUGGGAGAGCUCGGGCGGAUUAACCGCCGGUAACUACGAAUUCAUCGACGUCGUCGUCCAACCGGACCCCGCCACGUCGCAGUCCCACCGUUACUUCAUCGACCUCGAUUUCGUUGCGGAAUUCGAGAUCGCGAGGCCUACUGAUCGGUACGAGCGUCUGUUGGAGAAGUUGCCCGGGGUUUUUAUCGGGAGGGGUGAAGAGUUGAAGGAGAUUGUGAAGGUAAUGAGCGACGCGGCGAAGCGGUCUUUGAAGAGCAGAGAGUUGAGCCUGCCGCCGUGGAGGAAGAACCGGUACAUGCAGAACAAGUGGUUUGGCCCGUACCGUCGGACGGUGAAUGCGAUUCCGGCUAACUCGCCGUCUGUUUUAACGGGUUUUGCAGUCAAGUGCCGUUCGGUUGGGUUCGACGCCGUUAAUGGGCGUUUGUUUUUUCCCGCGACAACUCGUACGAGAUAGGAUAGGCGUAGUUUUCUGUGUACGUUUUAGCGGUUUCAAUUGUAAAAGUAUUAAAAAAUAAAAACGCUGUCGUUUUGUGUUUCCCAUGUUA